AUGGGUCAUAAGAAUGGAUCUAAGGAAAUGUAUCAAAAGGAUAAUACGAGGGGAAUUCACCACUCAAAUGGGAGUAAUAUCAGUUUGGUGAACACGCUGAUGAAAUCCUUGAAAGUGUCUUCAUCCUCUUCUGCUGUGAAUAAUCCUCCAUUGCAUGAAACUCCAGUUCGUACAACAAGCAAUGAUUUAAGAUCUCCGGUAAGACCUGUGAAUGGGUCUGGUAAUUUUGAUGCCAUGGCAAAACAACAAACGUCAGCUAUUAGAUCAUCAAGCUCGUAUUCGCCUAUGAGGUAUAGCAGUCCUUCUCAAAGUAAUUCGAUUAUGAAUUCAGAAAAUAAUAAUAAUCGUCAUACUUCCUCUUCUUAUCAUGAGAAUGGAAGCGCUAAAAAAUCAUACAAUUUCAGUAACAAUGCCAAUGGUACCCCUAAGCUGAAUACCUAUUUUAAAGAUUUGGAUGAGGAUUGGAGUGCUGUUAUUGAUGAUUCUAAUAUGCCAAUUCCUACUGUUGCUAAUGGAGGCAUCUCGAGAAGUAAUUCAGACACAUUUUCGGUGCCGGGCACUCCGAUUAAUCAUGAAGAACAGUAUGGCUUAUCAAAGAAACUUACAAAUUCCUCUAUUCAAACAUCUUAUUCUGUAAAGAAUACAAGUUCCAAUCAGUAUUCGUAUCCUCAAUUGCCUCAAUUACAGCACACUCAAAGCUCAGAAUUAAAAUCAAAAUUAGAAUUGGAAAAUGAAAGGGAAGCGCAAGAGUUAAACUCGUUAAUGCAAAGAAUUGCCAAAUUCGAUAACAUUGUGAAUGAUAAAAAAAUAGUUAAUCAACAAGAGUUGAGGACAAUUAGUUGGAAUGGUAUACCAAAAAUUCAUAGGCCAAAGGUCUGGAAAUUAUUGAUUGGAUAUUUACCAGCAAAUAUAAAAAGACAAGAGCCCCAUUGUAAAAGGAAGAGACAAGAAUACAAAGAUGGAAUAGAUCAUAUAUUCUCAGAUGAACACAACAGAGAUAUUCCAACUUGGCAUCAGAUAGAAAUUGAUAUACCAAGAACCAAUCCCACCAUUCCAUUAUAUCAAUUCAAAACAGUACAGAAUAGUUUACAAAGGAUUCUAUAUCUAUGGGCAAUUAGGCAUCCUGCUAGUGGGUAUGUGCAAGGUAUUAAUGAUAUAGUAACUCCAUUUUUUCAAACGUUUUUGACCGAAUAUUUACCAACGACUCAGGUAGACAAGGUAGAAACGAUUGAUCCAGCUACUUACAUGACUUCAGAGCAAAUAAUAGAUUUAGAAGCUGAUACAUUUUGGUGUUUGACAAAACUACUUGAACAAAUAACUGAUAAUUAUAUUCAUGGCCAACCGGGUAUAAUAAAACAGGUUAAAAACUUGAGCCAAUUGGUGAAAAGAAUUGAUAUAGAUCUUUAUAAUCAUUUCCAAGAUGAGAAUGUUGAAUUUAUGCAAUUUGCCUUUAGAUGGAUGAACUGUUUGUUGAUGAGAGAAUUUAAAAUUGAUGCAGUUAUCAGGAUGUGGGAUACAUAUUUGGCGGAAACUUCAUUAGAAACAACGAUGAUACAAACGCCGAUGAUUGCCAAUUCAUACAUUAGAACACCAACGGAACAACCCACCGCAACUUUUCAAAACUUAAACAGUCCAUUUAAUGCAUCUGGUGGUUUAUCGAAAACCAUGUCAUCUAGUGCUGAUGAAAACAAUAGGGCUAGUUACUCUAGUUUGAAUGAAUUUCAUGUGUUUGUUUGCGCUGCAUUUUUGAUCAAAUGGAGUGAUAAGCUACUAGAUAUGGAUUUCCAAGAAAUAAUCACAUUUUUGCAGAAUCCUCCCACUUCUGAGUGGGAAGAAAAUGAUAUUGAAAUGCUUCUGAGUGAAGCGUUUAUUUGGCAAUCUUUAUAUAAGGAUGCAACCUCACACUGGUUAUGA